AUGUGUCUGGCUUUGGAGUACGCGGAAGGAGGAGAUUUGGCUGCCUACGCGGAUACAGAGGAACUUCCACUCGACAGAGUUCGGUUCUAUUCCGCUUGCAUGGUGCUGGGGAUACAAUUCCUGCACCAACACAACAUCGCGCACAGGGAUAUAAAAGCCGACAAUGUUCUCCUGUAUGAAGACGGGUACGUGAAGAUCACCGACUUUGGGCUUUGCAAAGCAGGAAUGGCUGCUGACAGCACAGCCUCAAGUCAUUGCGGUACCCUUUUCUACAUGGCCCCGGAAAUCUUCAAAGGUCGAUAUACAAGAUCAGUCGACUGGUGGGCACUCGGAGUGACCAUCUACAAACUGCUCACUGGAGAUGUACCGUUUUAUGCCGAUACUGAUCUCGAGUACCUGAUGUUAGCAGGUCGUGAGGAGCCCGAAUAUCCUGACGACUUAACAGAAGACACUCGAGACAUAUUGGAAAAUCUCCUAAAGAAAGAUCCAGAGCAGCGCCUUGGGGCCGGAGAACAUGGAGCCGAGGACGUGAGGAAGAGCCCAUUCUUUGAGGGAUUAGACUGGGAGGCUCUUGAAAAGAAAGAGAUCGAGCCGCCAUUUAUCCCCAGAGGAAGAGCACACGGACAACCUGAAAACAGCCUUAAACUAAAGGCUCAGGUUGAAGCCAAUGUGUGCGAAGAAGCCGAAUGGGCACUGGUGGAGCUGAACUACCCUUUGAGUUCAGCUUCAGAAACAGAAGAAGAAUUGUAAGAAACGUUCCUCGGAAUGAAGCAGAGAUGAUUGGCAGGAAGAAAGUCUGUUCCCAGCUUGAGAAAUCCAAUCAGCGUUCCGGAGUCCUAUUAUGGAUUGAAAAUGCAAACAUCGCAACUCCGGGAGUAGGAAAAGGGGUGAGUCUGUUGGGCAGGAUGUCGGGUCAGUCAAGAGUUAAUUUGCCCAACAGGGGUGGAGGAGGGUUCAACUUUAAGCCAAAAACAUCGCUUAAAGUUUAAAAAAAAAAAAAA